AUGGCACAAAGGAAUUCGCCAUUCAACCUGGAGACUUGCGCUCGACCCAAUAUCUUGAAAUUACAGCCAUAUCGAUGCGCUCGGGAUGACUACAAAGAUGACGGAACAAACGUGCUGCUCGACGCCAAUGAGAAUGCCUACGGCCCGUCACUCGCCUUGAACAACGAGGGUAGACUGAAAGGCUCGCAGUCAGGGUCGACAGAGCCCGAGAUUGACCUGUUGGGUUUGAACAGAUACCCCGAUCCCCACCAGAUGGAACUGAAGCAGUUGUUCUGCAACCUCCGCAACACCCACCACCACACACAAAAAACGCUUCGACCCGAGCACAUGUUCGUUGGUGUCGGAUCAGACGAAGCCAUUGAUGCUCUUCUCCGGUGUUUCUGCGUGCCUGGAAAGGACAGGAUUCUUACCUGCCCGCCUACAUAUGGAAUGUAUAGUGUGAGCGCCCAAGUCAAUGACAUUGAGAUUGUGAAGGUGCCGUUGGACGUGGAGAAGGGGUUUCAACUGCAAGCCGACAAGGUCAAUGAGGCUCUCUCGGCCGAUCCAUCAAUCAAGCUGGCCUAUAUCUGCUCACCGGGCAAUCCCACCGCGAACCUGAUCCGCAAGUCCGACAUCCAGAAAGUUCUUGAGCACCCGACCUGGAACGGUGUCGUUGUUGUGGAUGAGGCCUACAUCGACUUUGCACACGAAGGCGCGAGCUUAGCCGAAUGGGUGACCGAAUGGCCGAACCUGGUGGUCAUGCAGACACUCAGCAAAGCCUUUGGUCUCGCUGGUAUCCGACUGGGUGUUGCCUACACCAGCCCGGAGAUCGCUCGCUUGCUCAACAGUCUCAAGGCCCCCUACAACAUCUCCAGCCCGACCAGCGCUCUUGCGACGGCCGCGCUAUCGGAACCCAAUCUCUCGGUGAUGCGAGAUUAUCGCGCAAAGAUCGUCGGCCAGCGCGACCGUCUGUUGCAGGAGCUUCCGCAGAUCCCCGGCAUUGGACAGUUCCUCGGCGGCCAGGACUCGAACUUUUUGCUCGUGGAGGUUCUCGAUGCCGAGGGACGACCCAGCAAUGUCAUUGCGCUGGCAGCCUACGAGGCCAUGGCUGAGCAACGUGGGGUGGUGGUGCGAUUCCGCGGUAAAGAGCACGGGUGUGAGGGCUGCUUGCGUAUCACGGUCGGCACCGAGUCCGAAGUCACCCGGUUCCUGAAGGAGAUUCGGGUGGUGUUGGAGAAACUGCGCCAAGGGAAGGGUGUCCCGUCGGUGGCGGACGAGGAGCAGCGGGAGCAGGCGGCUGCCGCGGUGGUCGCAUAG